CGGUUCCCCCCCUCGGGGAAAGAAGGGUUACUUUAGUAACCGUAACGGUUUUUUUUACAUGCCAAAUUAUGAACGAGGGCAAUUUUAUGCCCUUUUUCCUUUAUGUUUUAUCUAUAGGUGCACCCAAACCUACAGAUACUCAAGCUCCUUCUUCAACUGGUGCCACAGCAACCGUUACAACCGCAACAAUUCACACUGUCCCACCAAUCACUCCUCCUCUGCUGAUUCCACCUCCAGGAGCCGCCCCAGUACAUUUAACUGCCCCUUUCAACCCAGCAACCCAAGAACCUAAUUCUGCUCCUGUUCUUCAAGUUCCAGAGACACAGCAGGUGCAGCAAGUCCCUUCUUCAGCUUCGGCACCUACUCCUGAACUAGUUUCCCAAGCUGAAAUCACACUACUAGUUACAGAACCUUCCCAAGCAGCUCCUGACAUGCCCUCAUCAAUUCAGUUAAAAGUCCCAACACACACCGGAGAAGCUGUUACUAGAGCACCUGUUUUAAAUGCUCUAGAUGCCCCGGGUGUUACAAUAACCUCAUCAGCUGGUGAAUCUCCCAUCUCCACCUCAGGUGCACAAGCGUCCAUUUCAAACACUCCUCAAAUCCAAUUGACAAGGCCUUGCUCCUCCUCUCAGAGCUCAGGGAAUAUCCAGGUGCAAACAGAAGUCAAAGACAUGGGCACUUCUGAGAAGUUCCCUGUCCAAGACACUAAUCCCCAGUUGAGACAAGAAAGAACAUUUCAGGGGCCUGAAGAGAUGUCUGACCCAACUGCAAAUGAGGUUGUUCAGAGGCACAAUGGUGUUGGAUUGGCAGUUUCAAAUGCCCAAACCAAUUCAAACAGAGCAACUCAGGCGACAACAUCUACACCUACUGAAGUGGUUGCACAUGCUCCCCAUUCUAUUGAACAGGAAUAUUUCAGCAAGCCUGGCACGCUUCAGAUUUCAGAACCACAGCAAAACCGAGCAGGGACUCUUCCAGUCUUGCAAGAAGAUCCUUGCUCAUUGGUUUCAGGUGAUUUGGAGAUCAGCAGGGAAACCGCAUCUUCCACAGAUUCUCGACAGGUUACUAGUCUUGCAGAGCAGACUUCCACUUCCUCCACUUCCACUCCGCUUUUAAAUAAUCCUCCAUACACUUCUGCACUGCUGACUAAUAACCAGCCUGAAGAGGAUCACUAUGAAUCUGUCUGUGAGAAUCAGACAUUGCGCCAUGUAUUCCAUGUUGCUGAGGAGCCACCUGCUGAAAACCUGAAUGGUCAGCCACCAAUCAUGAUGCUACAUAGUAGAGUCAACUCUGAGGAACCACCAACCAUAAACCAUGUUGGCACUGAAAAUGUAGCUCACGUUUGUGUGCCAUCUGUGGAUGUCGCAGAGACAUCAGAUCAUAAGUCAACCACCGUCAUUGCCCGAGAGCAAGAAUGUAAUGCUGCUGCUGCAGCAACUAUUCAACAACCGGAGCAGAGAGAGGAGGGUCGCCCAGAGUUAUUCAGGAUAAACAAUGUCCACGCUGUUGCUGCAGCAGGGAUUGCUCUCUCUGCAGUUUUCUUGGCCUGGAAGCUCAAUCAUUAACUGUAAAGCCUAUUUGGGAUAGUUCACCCAAAAAUAUUAGCAUUUUGUCAUUAUGUAGUUUCACAAAACUCAUUUCAUUUUUCUUUUUCAACAAAGCACAUAGGGACUUAUUAAAGGUGUAUGUAAGCUUUUGACUCACAAAAAUGCCAUGAUUUUUUUGGCAGAUAAGAAACAUGCUACUUGAACUCUUGUUUAUCUUAAAAACAAUGCUAAAGUCAGUUAUUCUCCUUGAAAAAUGUGCAUUCCGUGUUGGAAUGUCCAUCUUUGUUUUGGUCUGUGUGACUCCACCCACUGCCAGUUUACCCAAUUAUAUUUAAAACACUCUGGGUUCCUUGGUGGAAAACACAGCAUAUUUAAUUCUUUAAUAAUAAGUCUUAAAGGCUGCCUCAAUAUCUGUGGAUGUAGCCAAAAUGUGACCUCUGGAGGACAGCAUCAGUAUGUGGAAAUGUGACACAGAUAUUUAAUACAAAUAUUUAAAAAAUGUAAGCAUUAAUUAAUAAGAUUAUAGUCUUAGGGGCCGAUCACACAACACGCUUUUAUGCUCUAAAAAUGCAUAAAGAAGUGCAGUGCGCUUUUUAUGUUGUUAGGCCAUAAUUGAAUCAGCUGCGUAGUGUGCGCUAGUGUUGCUGUUGAUAUUGGUAUAAUUUUAAUACUUAAUAAUAUUGUAAUGUUUUAGAUUUGUCUGUCAUACAGCACCGGAUAGGGGACGCAGUGGCGCAGUAGGUAGUGCUGUAUGCUGCGUUCGCGUGGCUUUCCUCCGGGUGCUCCGGUUUCCCCCACAGUCCAAAGACAUGCAGUAGGUGAAUUGGGUUGGCUAAAUUGUCCGUAGUGUAUGAGUGUGUGUGUGUUUGUGUGUGUGUAUAUGUUUCCCAGAGAUGGGUUGUGGCUGGAAGGGCAUCCGCUGCGUAAAAAACAUACUGGAUAAGUUGGCGGUUCAUUCCACUGUGGCGACCCGGGAUUAAUAAAGGGACUAAGCCGAAAAGAAAAUGAAUGAAUGAAUGAAUGAAUGAACAGCACCGAAUAACUCAAAACAGCAACCUCUAGUCUCUCCUCCAUCUUCAAAAAUCUUCAUAGUCAUUUUGACAACACAAACACUGCUGUCAUCUCAAAGGAAACUCCUCCUCUGCUUUCAUUUGAUUAACCACGUAACACACUUUUUAUCGCACAGAGUUGACUUUUUUCAACCGUAAGCGCACAGCGCGCAACAGCAAAAACGCAAAGCGCAGCAGGCGGUUAAAACGCGAGGUGCGCAGGUCGCAUAAGCAGUGCGCAAAACGCUCUCAGCUCAUCAUUUAAAAAAGGCUCCUCUCAAUGUAAAAAGCGCGUUCGGUGUGAUCGGCUCCUAAGGCUCAAUCACCAGGCAUGCUUACACCUGCUGUGGUCGUCAAUUUGGCAACCUGUGUGCGUCCAGUCGAAUGAGGAGGGACCGGGUGAAAAUUUUUUAAUUUGGACUGAAAUACAUAAUUCAACCACUAGGUGUCAAUCCUGCAUACUGCAAAUUUAAACAAAAUGUAUAGGUGGCAUUUUUUGAUAAAAGAAAUUGACAAUAAUGUCCUUAAAAGUACCUUAAGUGGUGUGUGCGCUACCUUAAGGUUUCUGUGAGGAAACCAAAACUCUUUUAUGCUAUUAUCCAUAUCUAUUUAUUUUCGUGUGUGUGUGUGCGUGCGUGCAUGCGUGUGCGUGUGUGUGUGUAUAGGCCUAAAUAGUCCUCGUUUGUCACGUGCCUUACUUAUGCCUUGAAUUUCAGGGCUAGCAUGUAGAUUCUGUUGCACCAGUAAAAUCAAAUUCACUGCUGAUUAAAGUGUCAUGUUCCCUUGUCAUGCACCCCCAGCUUGACAUAUAUUACACUGUAAUACAAAUUGUCUUGUGUGUGAAAGAUCAUGAAUAUAGAGCUUUAGCAAAAUCUCUUUUAGAAAUAGAAAGUCAUUUGGAACAAUUAUUUGCUCAUGCAGUACGAACUCUAAAAGGACUCUGCAGGAGUGUUUUCUCUCUCGUGUUGUUUCUCAUAAAUUCUCAUUCACAGAUGCCUACAUGAACUCUGUAUCCACCACUGCCUCCCACAUGAGUCCAACAGGCACUUUCUAUUUUACUAACAAACUUAAAGCAUACAUGCUCAUACCCAAAAUGUCAUCCACAGCUGACGAAUGUCAAAUGUUAUUUCUUGAUACCAGGGACUGUUAAGGUGAAUAAAGCUAAAUCGAAGCAGGUCAAAGUUCCCUGUGUGUGUUAAAAUGUGGCAUUGUUGGCAUUACGUGCCAAUGCCCAGUGCACAGCUGAAGAUUAGACCAAUGUAUAUUUUAGUCACAGAAUAUAAUAAAAAUAAUACGUUUAUGCAUUCUCUUGGGAUCAAGCUAAUAUUUUUGGGGGGGGGGGGGGGGGGGGGUGUCAAGUGGUAUUCACUACCUUUUAUGCUGCCUAAUCAAGCUUAUUAUGAAAAGCUGUUAGCACCAAGUUAUAAUGUGUACGUAAACAUUGUUAAUGACUCUUAAUAAUGACUAUACUUUAAAUUUAAUUUAUGUAAUAUUUAAUCAGCAAGUGCACUUUUGUCUAAACUGUUUAAUGUGCAAUUCAGACAUGAACAUGAUUUUAAACGCACUGUAUGUGGUAAUCUAGGGAUCUUUUAAGAGCAUUUUUAUCAGGGCUGGUGUUUGCUAGACACUGUAAUACAGGGAAAUAAUCACUGUAUACGUUUUGCUUUAUUUGUGUACUGGUCAAUUUUGAUCGUUCUCAUUCUUAAAGAUUUCCACAAAUGCUGAAAUAAAAAAUGUCCUACCUUGA